UACACAAGUGGAAAAACUCAAUGGAGGCUAAGACUAAGAUCAUGUAUGAAGUGCUUCCAUUCAUAGUGUUGGUGAUUAUGGAAGGUUGGACCAUAGGGCUGACGAUUUUUGCAAAAACUGCAAUAAGUAAUGGAAUGAGUCCAUUUGUGUUCAUUGUUUAUACCAACGCUCUUGCCACUAUAAUACUGUUCCCUUGUUCCUUUUUAUCGCAGCAAGAGAACAGAAAGGAGAGGCCAACUUUUACUUUCUCUUUGUUCAUGCGCUUCUUGUUCCUCGGUUUUACAGGGAUAACCAUGACUCAGAACUUUUUAUUCCUGGGUCUAUGUUAUAGUUCACCAAUACUAGUGUGUGCCAUGGGCCACUUGAUCCCAACGUUUAAUUUUCUGCUCUCUCUCAUUCUCAGGAAGACAUUGAAUUUGAGAAGCCCUGUUAUCCAAGUCCAAGUGAUUGGUAUUUUGGUAUCAAUAAUGGGAGCAGUGGUAGCUGAAGUCUUCAAGGGACCACUUGUAAGACCAUCUUCUCACCACCUUAGACACACUAAGCAACAUCUUGUAUUCUCUUCAACACCAGAGUUUUGGCUUCUUGGUGGUGUUUUGCUUGUUGCAGCUUCCUUCUCAGUUUCAAUUUCCAACUUAGUCCAGAAAGAAAGUGUGAAGCAAUAUCCAGAACCAGUGAAGGUGCUUUCUUAUUCUAGCUUAGUUGGGACAAUCCUCAGUGCAAUAGUCUCAUGGAUAGUGGAGAGAGACAUAAAUGCUUGGAAGUUAAGGCGUGACAAUGAUCUCAUUCUCAUUGUUUUAACUGCAGUAGUUGGGGGUGUGAUUCGUCCCAAUAUUCAAAUAUGGUUCACUCGCAUGAAGGGUCCACUUUACGUCUCACUUUUCAAGCCCUUUGGUAUUGUCUUUGCCACUACUUUUGCAGUUUCCUUCUUUUCUAACAGCCUUCAUUAUGGGAGUGUAAUAGGAGCAACUGUACUUGGAGUGGGGUAUUAUAUAAUAAUGCAUGGAGAAAUCAAAGGAAAUGAAGAAAAGACAGGCUGUGACGAAAGCUCAUCAGAUUCUUUGGACAAGAAGAUACCUCUUCUGCAAGAACAGAUGCAAGUGUGAAUAAAACUAAGAAAGAUUCUAGUAGCAGAGGAAUUCACCUAUUUUUCAGAAUUUUGCUCCUUAUCGUUUCAAACUGAUUGUGAUAGAAGUAUCUCCCAUGUUGCAAAUAUUUUAAUUGUAAUUAACUCAAACUAUGUACAAAUAAUGAACAUGUAAGUAGCAUGAACCAAAAAACAAAGGUGCUGUAGAAUUUGAGAUUUUUAUAUUUUCGUUGUACAAAAAUAUUCUCAAGGCAUUAUCUAGAUCUUUA